UAAUUAUAUUUCGUAUUGCCGUUCUCGAAUUACAAAGUAACCACUUGUAGUAGCAAUUUUUCCCGCUCGCACCAGCACGAAGUUUAAAGCAAAAAUAUGCUCCCCGCCCCUGCCCAUACCCGGCAUAGACCGGUACCUGAUCACCUCUACCAAGACUCGUCACUGCAAUUUUUCGUGCGCUCGCAGCAGGACGGAGAGAAAGAUGGGUCGCGCCUAACAAAGAAAGUGACGCGUAGACACAGAAAAAAAUUACACAAAUUGCUGCAACUUUUAGAUAGUUCAAUUAGCAUCUGGGAUAAGUGCACUGGCCGUCGGCUUCGAUAAGCAAUAUGAAAUAACGAAAUCGCA